AUGUGAAUUUCACAUUUGUUUCUGUUUUGAAUUGCUGUAUAUCUUUGCUUACUUUAAUUGACUAAUUUUUUUAAUUUAUUAAACUUUUGAAUGGUUUUAGACUAAAUUUUGAUAGUCCAGUUAUGGCAUUAUCAAUUGUAAAAAGUGUUCCGGCCAUAUCGAACAUAUGCUUUCACAGUCCAAUAAAUUGUAUUUUUGUGCGAAAUGCAACUGGAUUAAUCAACAGUUUCUACAGGGCUCCAAAAGAGAGAGUUAAAGUACCACCUUCGUUUGACCACGUUAUUCUUCCCGAUCCUGAGCAUAGGAAAUUACCAGCCUUAGAAAGUGUACCGCUACCUCCCAAUGGAAGAGAUGAAAUGAAAACUGCACGUAGAAUUUAUGACGCAAAAGGACCUGAAACAAUUCAUAAUCGACUUCUUCAUGGCCAAUAUGGUUUAAUGGCAUUGUCUGGUGGUCAUCUUUAUCCUCCUCAUAUCAAAAUCAUCCGUGAUUCGGUUAACCGACAUGUGAAAGGAGAUAGAUUCGCUGUUUGGAGGAUUGAUCCACCUUGGAAAACUGUUACAAGAAAGUCUCCUGGUAAAAAGCUUGGAGGUGGAAAGGGAAGUAUCUUUUGUUACUCCACUCCAAUAAGAACUGGUCGUAUAAUCUUCGAAUUCGGUGGGAAAUGUGAAUUUGAAGAUAUUCUUAAAAUGUUAUUAGGAGUUGCGAAACGAUUACCUCUCGAUGCUUUACCCGUUUAUGCUGAAUUUUUCAAUGAAUUUCAGGCAGAAUUGAAAGAAAGAGAACGCAAUAAUCUCAAUCCACUAACUAUUGAGCAUGCCGUUAAAAAUAAUUUAGCUGAUUGUCGAAAGUACAUGACGGCAUUUGAGUUAUUUACAAAUGGAAAAUACAGAUGAAACUUUCCUGUGAAAAUUUAAUCUUCUGUAAUUAUAUUGUUUGAAAAUAAAAUCAAUUUAGUCAAUAAAAACUUAUACAUGAA